AUGGUGGGGAGUGGCUCAGUGGCAGAGCUACUCCUCGAGAAGCAGAUGGAGUACAGCGGAAUUUUGGGGUGGAGCGAUCUCCUAGUGGCAGGGAGGACGAUGAGCGAGGUUUUUCAAUGCGCCUUGGGCACCCUUCUUUGUGACGACAAGAUGCGCUCCAACAUGGGCGAAGGCAAAAUGGACCAACAGGACUUCAUGCCCUUGCCCGUGCCCCAGGCGAACAAGACGUUGGCGGCAACCAUCAUGGCCGUCAAUCAUCUGGGAGGCUGGAAAACCCGGCCUCCUGGUGAGGAGAACGUGUCAGACUCUCAGAGCCUCGCGGUGAAAAAUUUGAGCGAACUCGUGGAUCGACAUGGCAUGUGGAAGAUUGAAGAUGUACUUACCACUUACUGGCCUGAGGAUGAGAAAGACAAGCCUGUGAUCAUUGACGGGCGUGUUCUUCAUGAUGAUGAGUCUGCUGUCGUGGUUUACGACAAUCCUUUAGACAAUGUGGGGGACCUGGCGCACAUUUUCUUUCAGCGAUGCCUGGAGGCAAACAUCGUCCCAUAUGUCGUGACAAAGAAGACUGUUUUCAAAUGGCAAGAAGGCUUCUGGCAAAAGAUGAAGAAGGUCUUUGAUGCUGAGUACAAGGACAAGUUCUUGAAGGCAGGUCUCUUGGACAAAUGCGGGGGUGAGCUGAUCCAUCUCAUCAGUGAUGCUGCCACCAUGCAGAUCAUCCGCUGGACCGGGGGUGGCUUUGGCAUGGCAUGCCACAAUUACGAUGGUGACAUGCUGACGGAUGAGGUGGCGCAGGUGCACCGGAGCCCGGGCUUUAUCACCUCGAACUUGGUUGGCAAGAGCGAGGAUGGUUCUCUCAUCAAAGAGUUUGAAGCCUCGCACGGGACAGUGGCAGAUUUGUGGCACAUGCACUUGCGUGGGGAGGAGACCUCCAUGAACCCCUUGGGCAUGGUUGUGGCUCUGUUGGGUGCAAUGGAUCACGCUGCUGCGCUCAACCCUGCUUCACAGGCAGAAGUCACCAAGUUCACGGUGAGCUGCAGGGAGGCCGUGUACGAAGCCUUCCGCACUGGCAACGGCACCCGCGACCUCGUGGGCCCCAACGGCCUCACCACGGAGAAGUUCGUGGAGUGGGUUGCCAAGAACUUGGAGGCCCGCAUGGCCAAGGAAGGUCCAGCAGAAGUCUUCACGGGCGAGGAGGUGCAAGUCACUCAAGCUCCAUCGAAGAAGCUCCGGAAACGGUAUCAGGCUGUUGAUGAAGAUGCCAUGAAGGCCUUUUUCGACAAGUUCGACACAGAUGCCAAUGGCACGAUCUCCUUCGACGAGUUCGUGGACAUGACCUUGGACCUGGGCAUCGCACCACUAAAGCCUGAAGAGCUGAAGAAGGAAGAGCAGCGUGAUGAGGUCCAUGCGGAAGCAGAGCGAUUGUGA